UUCAGAGUCCCUGCGAAUGCCACAGCGGGUCAAAGCAGACUUAUAAUUAUUUCAAUCCUAAAAGAAAAUUAGCUAUUGCCUAGCAAAAUUCUGUUCGUACCCCUCAUUCUAUUGAGCUUCCACUGAAGACUGAGAACCACGUAGGGAGCUGGGAGCAGAGUUGAGGACCAUGGACGCCAAUUGCACAACGCCCGCCUCCAACGAUCCAAACUGGACAACUUCAAUGUGGGGUCUUUCCAUCGGCUUGGGCGUAUCAUUGCUCGUGAAUAUUCUGCUUACAGCUAUGAUGGUUUGCCGAUGUGUUCGUAGUUGGCCCAAGAAGGAGAUGGAUGAUUCCCAGGUUGGCGAGACUGCAGUUGAUUCCUGGGCCCGCUCCGGUCUUGGAAAAAAGCCAGGCACCACAGCGGAGGCGGAUAAGUCAUCCAAGGUCGCUUCACACCUGGAUAACGCCGAGCGCCCGGUUUCAUCUCAGUAUGAGGAUGUGACACCUCAAGGCAAUGAGUAUCUUACUUUGCCGGAAGAAGACAGUCAACAACUGCCGACUGCCAGCCAUCAGCCGCAAACGUAUGAAGCCAUUGAACUAAAGAACGGCGUGGACCAAGGAAAUGCAUACAUGUCGUUAACUCAAACAGAUCAAGACAAAGGCGCGCCAUCACAAACUACGUCCCAGCCAACACUGACCAUUCCGGCCAAGAACGGGACUGACGGCGGGAACAUCAGCCAAGGAUUGCACUCCGGUAAAGUCGAGCAUAUCCUACCGCUAGUGGCACCAAGGUCGCCAGCAAGCCUCACCAAUGAUCAACGACCGGUCUCACCGAGAUCUAUGGUGAACUUGUCGGCUUUCGGCAACGACACACCCCCACAGGUGCCGAGCAGACUACACAUCGACAACUUGAAAUCGAACUCCAUGUCAACUCUCUCCACCCGGCAGGCUGAAGCUUCAUCAUCACCCCCUGGGGAGUAUGCAUAUGUUACCAACUUGGACGCCUUCAAGAAUUCCCCUGUGGCCAAUUCUCCGAGGAAUCAGGGCUUCCAGUUUAACGUCGUCACAGUCCCAGGUGCCCCGAUGUCUGCAAUGGAAGGGAACGCUUACGCUUCUCUAUCGGAAAUGUCUCCUUCUGGUGAGUACUCCUCGCUAUCGCCUGCUGUGUCAGUGACGCGACCGGCCGGAGCACGGCUUGACGAUGGUCUGGAAUCGGAGUUAGCUGACGAAGGUAUGGAUCAAGUUACUUCCCAGCUUCCUUCCCAUCCAUCACCGCGCCUUGUAAUGAGAAAUGACACUAUAACAGGCAAGCCGUACUCCUAUGCACCACCAGAAGCCACGGCGGAGCGAUUUAAGAAUGAAAAAUAG